AUGGCGCAGGAUGCCAGUCAGCCCGUGAUCGCUGGAGCAGCAGAGAGGAAGGAGGAGCGCGAGAGUGAGGAGAUGAGUCUUGGGUUCUCUUACGAGUACAGAGAUGGAAUGCCCAGCGUCACUCAUGUCGAGCAUGGGGGGGCAGCAGAGGCUGUGGGGUUGAAGGUCGGCGAUAAAAUUUUGGAAGUUGAUGAUCUUCCAACUGGCAACGGGCAGGAUGUUCUCUCAAUCUUGCGUGGGGAUGCAGGAGAGCGAGCUCCUCGUCCCAUGACCCCAGGCGUGUGGGGGAUGCCAGGUGCAGGCAGCAUCAGCGUCGCUCAGCCUGUCAAGACUAUUGUCCUCACCAGAAAGGAGCCUUUCAAUCUUACCUGGGAAAGUAUCUCUACCACCGUGUCUUCCUGCCCGGCGCCGAACCCGCAAGUACCACUGGGAACAAGCAUCGGCAUCACUGCGGAUGGUAUCCGAUGGAGGACGUCUGUGCGCUGA